GCAUACUUCCGACAGGGUGUGGCCCUUCAGUAUCUUGGACGUCAUGCAGAUGCACUGGCAGCAUUUGCGUCGGGACUGGCUCAAGAUCCCAAGAGUCUUCAGCUUCUGGUUGGCAUGGUCGAGGCCGCCAUGAAAUCUCCCAUGCGAGAGUCCCUGGAGCCCACCUAUCAACAACUGCAGAAGAUGAAGUUGGACAAGAGCCCCUUUGUUGUGGUGUCUGUGAUCGGCCAGGAACUUCUGACUGCGGGUCACCACGGGGCCUCUGUGGUGGUGCUAGAGGCUGCCCUGAAGAUUGGCACUUGCAGCCUAAAGCUGCGGGGAUCAGUGUUCUCUGCACUGAGCAGUGCGUACUGGUCCCUUGGGAAUACGGAGAAAAGCACUGGAUACAUGCAGCAGGACUUGGACGUAGCCAAGACUUUAGGUGACCAGACGGGAGAAUGCAAUCUGGGCUCCGCAUUCUUCUCCAAAGGAAAUUACCGGGAGGCCCUUACUAACCACAGACAUCAGCUGGUGCUCGCCAUGAAACUCAAGGACAGAGAGGCAGCGUCCUCAGCACUGAGCAGUCUGGGCCAUGUGUACACAGCCAUUGGGGACUACCCAAAUGCACUGGCUAGCCACAAGCAGUGUGUCCUCCUUGCAAAGCAGUCCAAAGAUGAGCUCUCUGAGGCACGGGAGCUGGGCAACAUGGGAGCAGUGUACAUUGCAAUGGGGGAUUUUGAAAAUGCGGUGCAGUGCCAUGAACAACAUCUUAAGAUCGCCAAGGAGCUGGGGAACAAGCGGGAGGAAGCUCGAGCCUACAGCAACCUAGGCAGUGCUUACCACUACCGGAGAAACUUCGACAAAGCCAUGUCCUACCACAACUAUGUGUUGGAGUUGGCCCAGGAGCUGGCUGAGAAGGCCAUUGAGAUGCGAGCUUAUGCUGGCUUGGGCCACGCAGCUAGAUGUAUGCAGGACCUGGAGAGGGCUAAGCAGUACCAUGAAGAACAAUUGCACAUCGCUGAGAGCCUGCAGGACCGAGCUGCUGAAGGCAGGGCCUCCUCCAAUCUAGGAAUCAUUCACCAGAUGAAAGGUGACUAUGACACUGCACUGCGGCUGCAUAAGACACAUCUGUCCAUAGCUCAGGAGCUAAGCGAUUACGCGGCCCAGGGCCGGGCCUAUGGCAACAUGGGCAAUGCUUACAACGCUCUCGGCAUGUAUGACCAGGCUGUCAAGUACCACCGGCAGGAGCUGCAGAUUUCUAUGGAAGUAAAUGACCGUGCCUCUCAGGCAUCUACACAUGGGAACUUAGCAGUUGCCUAUCAAGCGUUGGGUGCCCAUGACCGUGCUCUGCAGCACUACCAAAAUCAUCUCAACAUUGCCCGGGAGCUGCGAGACAUCCAGAGUGAAGCACGGGCCCUCAGCAAUUUGGGCAACUUCCACUGCUCACGAGGAGAGUAUGUGCAGGCAGCCCCUUACUACGAGCAGUACCUGCGCUUGUCCCCAGAGCUGCAGGACAUGGAAGGGGAGGGGAAGGUUUGCCAUAACCUUGGCUAUGCCCAUUACUGCCUUGGGAACUACGAGGAAGCUGUUAAGUACUACGAGCAGGAUCUUGCCUUAGCAAAGGAUCUUCAUGACAAGCUGAGCCAAGCGAAAGCCUAUUGCAACCUGGGCCUGGCCUUCAAAGCCUUGAUGGACUUCAGCAAAGCAGAGGAGUGUCAAAAGUACCUGUUGUCCCUGGCCCAGUCUCUGAACAAUUCCCAGGCCAAAUUCCGAGCUCUGGGUAACUUAGGGGAUAUUUUUGUCUGUAAAAAAGACGUAAAUGGUGCAAUAAAAUUUUAUGAGCAGCAGUUGAGCUUAGCCCAUCAUGUUAAAGACAGGAGACUGGAAGCCAGUGCCUAUGCAGCCUUGGGCUCUGCAUACAGAAUGAUACAGAAGUGUGACAAGGCUUUAGGUUACCACACGCAGGAGCUGGAAGUGUAUCAGGAGCUGGGAGAUGUGCCGGGUGAAUGCAGAGCACACGGUCACCUUGCUGCAGUGUAUAUGUCACUUGGGAAGUACACCAUGGCCUUCAAGUGUUACGAAGAACAGCUGGAGCUUGGGCAGAAGUUGAAGGACCCCAGCAUAGAAGCCCAAGUCUAUGGUAACAUGGGCAUUACCAAGAUGAACAUGAAUGUCAUGGAGGAAGCUAUUGGCUACUUUGAACAGCAGCUGGCCAUGCUGCAGCAGCUCAGUGGAAAUGAAUCUGUAUUAGAUCGGGGCCGAGCGUAUGGGAACCUGGGAGAUUGUUAUGAGGCUCUGGGAGAUUUUGAGGAAGCUAUAAAGUAUUAUGAACAGUACCUGUCUGUGGCUCAGAGCUUGAACCGUAUGCAAGAUCAGGCAAAGGCCUACCGGGGCUUGGGCAAUGGGCACAGGGCUAUGGGAAGUUUGCAGCAGGCUUUGGUGUGCUUUGAGAAGAGGCUUGUGGUGGCACAUGAGCUGGGGGAGGCAUUUAACAAAGCCCAGGCCUAUGGCGAGCUGGGGAGCUUGCACAGCCAGCUGGGGAACUAUGAGCAAGCCAUUUCUUGCCUGGAGCGCCAGCUGAACAUUGCUCGAGAGAUGAAGGACCGAGCUCUGGAGAGCGAUGCUGCCUGCGGCCUUGGUGGGGUCUACCAGCAGAUGGGAGAGUACGACACAGCCCUGCAGUAUCACCAGCUAGACCUGCAGAUUGCAGAGGAGACCAACAACCCCACUUGCCAAGGCCGGGCUUACGGGAACCUGGGCCUGACCUACGAGUCCUUGGGCACCUACGAGAGGGCGGUAGUUUAUCAGGAGCAGCACCUCAGCAUUGCAGCGCAAAUGAACGACCUUGUAGCCAAAACUGUGUCUUACAGCAGUCUGGGGAGGACUCAUCACGCCUUGCAGAACUACUCUCAGGCUGUGAUGUACCUGCAGGAAGGACUGAGGCUGGCAGAGCAGCUGGGACGCAGAGAAGAUGAAGCCAAAAUCCGCCACGGCCUCGGCCUCUCCCUCUGGGCGAGUGGGAACCUGGAAGAGUCUCAGCACCAGCUGUACCGGGCCUCGGCACUGUUUGAAACCAUCCGACAUGAAGUGCAGCUGAGCACAGAUUACAAGCUGUCACUGUUCGACCUGCAGACAUCCUCCUAUCAGGCCCUGCAGCGAGUACUUGUCAGUCUUGGUCACCACGAUGAAGCUUUGGCAGUAGCAGAGAGAGGACGAACGAGAGCAUUUGCUGACCUGCUCGUGGAACGCCAGACUGGGCAGCAGGACUCUGAUCCCUAUUCUCCAGUGACCAUUGACCAGGUCCUGGAGACAGUGAAUGGCCAGAGGGGACUUGUUCUCUACUACUCACUGGCUGCAGGUUAUCUGUACAGCUGGCUGCUGGCUCCUGGGGCAGGAAUUCUGAAAUUUCAUGAGUAUUAUCUGGGUGACAGCCUGACAGAAAAUGCUGGGGAAUUCCAUGAAGCCAACAGUGUGACCCUGCAAACGAUGACGAACUCCGUGCUGGAACAGUACAUCUCAAGUGUGCGGGAGGCUCUGGGUGUGGAUUCCUACUAUACCCGGUAA